UUCUCAAAACUGUCCAUUCACUUCUCGCUGUCGUUGCCGGCGCCGGAUCCCAGUCGGGAUCGGAUGCAAAUCGCUGGCGGGUCAGUGGAUAUUCAGUGAGAAGCAGUUGUGACAAGAGAGAGAGAGAGAGAGAGAGAAAGAGAGAGAGAGAAAGAGAGAAAGAGAGAGGGGUGAAAAGUUCUGAACAGGGAGAUCGCAACCACCAAACCCAGGACCCGAUGCUCGGCGGUAGGACUCAAGUGCGUCUCUGUGGCCGUUUGAGAGCUUGAGAGCCUGGGACCUGGGAGCUGGGAGCUGGGAGCUGGGAGCUGGGAUCUGGGAGCUGGGAUCGGAGCUGGGAUCGGAGCUGGGAUUCCCAUGGAAGCGCUGGAGUUGGACUGACAUCUGAUGGGAUUUGGGGUGGGGGCGGGGGGGCGUGUGGGUUCUUUGCGCCUGGAUUUGGGGAGAUCAUGGCGUUUACGUUCGCUGCCUUCUGUUACAUGCUGUCCUUGGUGCUGUGCGCUGCCCUGUUCUUCUUCGCUGUCUGGAACAUUAUCGCAUGUGAUGAAUUAUGUACGGACCUCAGGAGCCCCAUCGAUCAGUGCAAUCCUGUACAUGCGCGUGAGAGGCUGAGAAACAUUGAGCGGAUCUGCUUCUUACUACGAAAGCUGGUGCUGCCAGAGUUUUCCAUUCACGGACUAUUCUGUAUCAUGUUCCUGUGUGCGCAGGAGUGGCUGACUCUGGGUCUCAAUAUCCCGCUGCUCUUCUACCACCUCUGGAGGUACUUCCAUAGCCCCGAGGACCACAAUGAAUUAAUGUAUGACCCUGCUGCAGUGAUGAAUGAAGAGACCCUGAACUACUGCCAGAAGGAGGCCUGGUGCAAGAUGUCGUUCUAUUUGAUGUCCUUCUUCUUCUACCUAUACAGUAUGAUCGACAAGCUAGUGAGCAUCUAAUCAGAAGGCCGCAAUUUUGUGUU